UUUUGCAGUAAUUUAUUGUUUCAUCGACUUGUGUUUAAUUAUAAGAAGCCCACAGAAUUUUCAAAGGAUUUCUUUCAAUUAUUAAAAACUAAAAGCCUUAUAUUUAAGGAGCUUUUUCAAGAAUACAAUUGUUAUGGAGUUACUGUUCAUUAUGAUGAGAUGGGGAAUCAUUUGGGGACAGCCGAUUUAUUCACUGAUCAAAAAACUGCUGCGGAAAUUAUUCGAGAAUUUAAGGAUAUUGCCAUUGAUGGUCAAGAAAUCAAAUUUUGCAUUGUUUCUGAAAGCGGAGCAUCUGCUACAGCAGCUUCUUUGGCUGGUGGAAAACCAAGUAUUCGUGAUCGUCUUCGCCGUGUUUCAGGGAAUUCAAUACGCCGUAAAGGUGUAAAGAAGGUUAUUGUUGUUAGAGCUGGGGCUGCUGGACGUAAAGCACGACUUGGCAAAAAACUUGCUGAAUCAGCAACAAAAUUGCGCACAAAAACUGCAGAAGAAUUGGAUAUGGAAUUGGAAUCGUAUAUGCAAAAGAAAUGA